AUGGCCAAGAAGAGAGUUUUGGUAUCUUAUGGCGUUGACGUCGAUGCCGUCGCAGGAUGGCUCGGGUCAUAUGGGGGCGAGGAUUCAUCUCAUGACAUCAGCAGAGGUACUCAUAUUCCAUUAUUGACACCGCUUCUACAUCACUCUAACCAGCUUUCUGCAGGCUACUUUGCCGGAACUGUGGGAGUGCAGCGCAUACUGAAGCUUCUUGCCAAAUACGACAUCAAGGCAACAUGGUUCAUUCCCGGCCACAGUCUCGAGACAUUCCCAGAAGACAUGUCAGCGGUUCGCGAUGCUGGACACGAAAUCGGACUGCAUGGCUACUCCCACGAGAACCCCAGCCGCUUGAACAUCGAUCAGCAGAGGGAGAUUUUGGACAAGACGUACCGCAUGCUCACCGAAUUCAGCGGCAAGCCUCCUCGUGGCAGUGUUGCGCCGUGGUGGGAAACAAGCAAAGAGGGAGCUCAGCUCCUCCUCGACUACGGCAUCGAGUAUGACCACAGCAUGAGCCACCACGACUGCCAGCCUUACUAUCUGCGCACCGGCGACGCCUGGUCCAAGAUAGACUAUUCCAAGAAGCCAAGCGACUGGAUGCGCCCCUGUGUCAAGGGCGAGGAGACUGGCCUGGUUGAGAUUCCGGCAAACUGGUACCUUGACGAUUUGCCUCCGAUGAUGUUCAUCAAGAAUGCUCCCAACAGCCAUGGAUUUGUAAACGCACGAGAUGUGGAGGACAUUUGGCGCGACCAUUUUGACUACUUUUACCGCGAGUAUGACGACUUUAUUUUUCCAUUGACGAUUCAUCCCGACGUGUCGGGUCGUCCGCACGCCUUGUUGAUGCACGAGAGACUUAUUGAGCAUAUGAAGAGGCAUGAGGGUGUUGAAUUUGUAACCAUGGAGCAGAUUUGCGACGAGUUCAAGUCGAAGAAUGCCCCUGCUCCGGGGGCCCUGCUGCCAGCAGUACCUGGGCGCUUCAAUUAG